CGAAGGAAUACUCAAUCUCAAUUCUACCCUUUAUAAAGCCCUCCUUUGGCAUUUGGGAGCUGUGCUCCCUCUCAGCUAGCAAACAAGCCCAGCUCAAUCUCAAUACUCCCACCUCCGUCAUCCCAUCAACAUGUUUGUGAAGACACUUCUUCCCGCGCUCGGCUUGGCAGCCCUCUCCCACGCCGCCCACGACAUCGUCGAGGAUAUAAACGGUUACAAGUUCUACCACUCGGGACCCACACAUGCCGCCACAAAGGACGAAUAUGAGCUCAGCUUCUGCCACACCGCGCUCUCCAAACUUGGCGCUCCUCCCUCCGAUGACGAAAACUGCCUCACCACUCUGCGCGCCCUCAAAGCUUCUUACACCCCUGAAGAAUUUCUGUCCCUUUUCGAUAAAGACAUUAGAGGCGCAGACACAACCUGGCACGCUGUUGUCGCCAACUCCACCGGCACUUCCCACGUCUCGGCAAACGCAGACGUCGUCGCCGUUGUCCCCGGCAUCAAUUCCGUGAGCUUCGCAGCAUACUAUCUUUCCUCCUACGCAGAGAAAAGCUACCAGAAGAUCAAUGCGGAGCACUACAUCAACCGCGACGACGGGCUGCUCAAGCAGGAGAUUCUUGAGGGCUGGGGAGGCGUGACGACGCAUUUUACACUCGCCACAACGGAUCGCAGCCAGUUCGAGUAUCUGCCGGAGCUGAGCGAUUUCCCGAUUAAGGUCGCGAGUGACAAGAUCCUUCGCGACGGGUCUUCCGCUGUGUUUGGCGUGGUAGAUAUCGCGCUGAAGGACAUCGUAGGCCCCGAGGCGGGUUUAUCUGAGGGGGAGAAGGGUGUCCAUAUUUUGAGUUCUGUGUGGUAUGGGGAUGGGGCGCCGAAGAGCUUCGUGGAGGUUGAAAGUCAGCAUGUUGUUGUGGAGAUUGUCAAUCAUGCGCUGAAUGCUAAGGCAGGGUAUGAUAGUGGAGAGAUUGUGCUGGAGGAGCUGGUGGGCGCGUUGUGUGGGCUGAUGCCGAGCGCGCCGGGUUGUGCGGCGUGA